GCUUCAAUUUCAAAAAAGGGAAAAAUCCCCAUUCUCUCUCUCUCUCUCUCUCUCUCUCGGUUCUUUUUUUUUGUUCGAUUGCCAUUUCGAACAACCUCUCUAUCUCCUUCGGCUAAUCUUGCAUUUCGUUCGUAAAUUGGUGCAAUGAGUGAGUGCGAGAGGAAUGACCCAGAACUCAAAGGGCUCAGACACGUCGAUCAAUUAUCAGAAAAUUUGAAUGACAACACCAGUUCUGGAUCUCUGGAUGCUGUCUUUACUCAAAAGGAAGUGGAUGCAGCCCAAGUUAGUGGGCAGAUGGAACAGUUGCCUCAAUCUUCUGAGACAUUGGAACCAGAAAUGGCAAGGAAAAUUGGAAAGAGUAAUUUACGGAAAAGUUUAGCUUGGGAUAGUGCCUUCUUCAAUAGUGAAGGUUUUUUAGAGCCUGAUGAGUUAUCUAGCAUGAUCAAAGGAGCUGACAAGCGUGGAAAACAUUUGUUACCUGGAAUUGAAGAGGAUAUGCAGAAAUCUAUUGAUUCAAUCUCUACAUUAGAAAGUGAGAGUCUGACUCUUGAAAGUCUUGAAGCUGAUUUCUUUGAAGACAUCAGAGCUUCAAUUCAGAAAUCCAGUAAAGCAUCGAAUUGGACUAGUUCUAGCAAAGCUGCACCAGGAGAAACAGACACCCAAUCUACCUGCUCUUUAAAGAAGGUGGACGCUUCUAAGAAUAUGCUGAAGCUGAAACCUGCCUCAAAGAAACAAACAAUUGCCAUGCAUGAACCAGGGAAAUUGGCCAAGCAGAGCUCUGGUUCACAAGGCACUCAGGCAAGUCCUUAUUUGCCUCUGGCUAGCAAUGGAGGUGUGACUUCUUCCGUUCCAAAGCCAAUGAAGGUAAUUGGCAGGCCUAAUCCCAUCUUGUCAGCGCCGCUGAAAAGGGCUUCUUUGGAUGCCAACAAAGUCAAACGGGAGAAUGAUAAAGCAAAAGGGUCCUCUGUUCCAUGUAAAGUCAGUCUGGUGUCAAAGGUAUCUGGUUUGGGUGGUCCCUUCAGAACUGCAGUACCGAAGCCUGCACCAUCUUCAAAAUCCUUCUCUUUGAAUUCUGUCGAUGGUGGCAAAGGCAUAUCUCCUGUGAAAUCUAGUAGAAGGAGGAUUGAUUCGAAAACGGUUAAUCCAGUUUCUUCCAGUUCAACCCUCAAAAAUCCAUCAAAGGUUCCAUUGAAGAAAAAAGGACAGGCUCAAUUAACUAUAUCGAAACGAGCUUCUAAUGCAUCCCCUGCUAGUUCUUUCAGUGAAUGGUCCUCAGUAUCAUCUUCAUCAACUUCUACUGCCAACCAGAGGUCUAAUAGUUCAAGGGUUAGCAUUGAUACUAGCUCUCCUUGCAGAUCCCUAGAUAGUGAUGCCCCUCCUGCUUUUGAAAAUCAUGAACAAAUUUCAAUGCAUGAACACGAGGUAAAUCCACACUCUAGUAGAAAUCAACAGAAAGCUUCGAUGCAGAGUGGUGUACUUAAUCGACCAGCUACAGGACAACCCACAGGUCUGCGUAUGCCAUCCCCAAAGCUUGGGUUUUUUGACGGGGUGAAACCUGUGGAUCGUACCCCUAAAGUAAGUAUACAAUCUCAUUCUGGUAUGCCACCUCGUCCUAAAAUUGGAGCCAGAAUCAGUAAACCAAAUGGGGUCUCAAGCCAGGCAAAUAAUACAAAGCUUCAACCUACAAGAUCUGUGACUGCAACUGGGAAUUUGAAGCUCGACAGUAAGAAACCUGCUUCACCUGUGCCAUCUCAAAAACCAUUAAAUGCUUCUCCAAAGGUCUCUAAUGUUUCUGGGGGCGUAAAUAAAAAUCAUAGCAUUUCAGCUAAAUCUCAUAACAAAAUAGUUGGAGAAAGUUGCUUGAAAGCUGCGAAAGUAGUUUGUGAGGGACUUGAUGGGGAAAAGUCUAGAAGUCCAGGUGUCUUGAAGAGUGAAUUUAACUUGGAAAAACAAGAUGAUACCAAGUUGAAGGACAGCAUUACUCCUGCUGAAGGGAACACUUAUGUGAGUUCCCAUUUGAAUGCCGAAAAGAUAAAGCUGACUGAAAAUGAGGAUGAACAUGCAAAUUUUAUCCUACAGCAACUCGAAAAUGAAUUGAAUUCUCUUUGUAAAAGGGAUGAAAAGGAGGAUGCCCAUUUUGAAGACCAUGUUGAGGGUUUGAGCAUGCAUGUGGGAGCUAUGGUCUCAAAACAGGAUGUGCAGAAAGAGCUUGUUGGAAAAUCUGUUUCUCAAAUUGAUUCCGGUCUCCUGGAUUCAGAGUUGCCAUCUUCAAAAGAAUUAUCUUGCCUCAGCGAAAUGGGGGAAUCACCAAGUAAUUUGUUGGGGCCGACUCUGAUCUCUCUUUCUCCAACGACAUCUGAAAUUAAUGUGAGUGCAAGGACACCUUUGGCUAUUAAGAAUUCUUUCAAUGAGGAGGACCUUCCAACUAGAUUGAGUAUUGGCGUCGUAGAGAAGACAUCAUCCAUCCGUUCUUUAGAGAGUGCUCAGAUGGAUAACAGUUGAAACAACCUUCAUGCAGCAGAUUUUACUUGGAGGUAGGUUUUUUUCCCCAAAGAUGGAACUCAAAGGAUGGCAAAGGAAGGUUGAAGUACACUAUACCGUCCGAUAUUGGAGCUAAAACUUGAGCCCUCUUGAUAGGAGUAGGGUUUGCCCUGGUUUAGAUGCUGGUAGCUUGCAGAGCCCAGAAAAGGUGGUAUCUGUGCUGAGCUGCAAAUUAUAUUGGAUGUUUAUAAUGAGAUUUCUUGGGAUUUCUUGUGAUUACUAGUUACUUCGAUGCGUUUUGUGGCAAGAUUUUCCUGCUGCAUGUUUGCGUUUCGAAAGCUACUGUAUACUUAAUAUUGAUCUAUUCCCAGGAACGAACUCGGUCAGGAUAUUUGGAUAGAAAGAAAUGAAGAAAGUCGAAUAAAAAUGAAUAGGUUGUCUUAGGAAAAUGAGAAGAGAGUAACAAAAAUAUAUAAUAAAAGCAAUUAAACAGGGCUGAUUUCAGUAA